UGUGCCUUUCCGUCAUAUUUGUGUAACUAACGGAUGUCAUUAUGUAGAUAUCAUAUAGCUGAGAGGGUGAUAUAGUAGAUUGUUACCCCGAGAAUAUUUGAACGAUGGCAAACACUUUUCUUAUAAAGAAAUGGACAAGACUGUAUAGAACUUUUGACCUGAACAAAGACAACGUGUUAACUAUUGCCGAUGCCAUUUUGUUUUCUGAUAGAUUUAUUGAAAGCAACAACAUGAAGGGUGAACAAGCUGCAGACUACAAGACAAAAUAUUUAGAGUGGUUUCGAGGUUUUUUCCUAAAAGGAGAAGAAACAAUGACAGAAGAAGGUUUCGUUAAUAAGAUGAGAGAGGCAUUUAACAGAGAUGGUAAAGAAUUUGAGAAAUCCGUCAGAAAGCAUAUGUCUGUCCUGGUAUCCAUCACAGAUGUUAACAAAGAUAAUUCCAUCUCCAGAGCGGAGUUUGUAGAUGCACUAAAGGCAAUGGGACUAGUCUCCUUCGAUAACAAAUAUUUUGAUGCAUAUCCGCAAGUUAAACCUGGUUUCAUAGAAGCUAAUUUGUUUCUUCAAAGUUGGGUUGAGUACUGCUGUAACAGCAUUGAGGGCAAUGUCAGUCAGUUGGAGAAAGCUCGUCUGUAUGGAUUUAGAAUUAUAGAUUCUAUUUAAGUUUUAAUUUUCUUUUAUUAUUCAAUCAUAUGUCAUUAGAAUGAAAAUUGUAUCCUAAUAUUUUUAUAAAACUUUAUCAAACUCUUUAACUGU